UUCUCCGUCCGCAUUUCUCAACGUUUACCUUCCAAGCCAGAAAUCUAGAAAUCCAACAAUCCAGCAAUCCAACAAUCUAACAAUCCCCCCGGACCAUUGCCAAUCCGUUGGUUUAGUUUGGUUUAGUUUAGUUCAGUUUCGUUUCGUUUCGGUUUGGCUUGCCCAUUUCAUUGUGUGCACUCGGGAAAAAGUGAAUAAGAAAAUUUGUUUGCCAACUUUCGGUGUAAUUUGUAAACAUCAAAGAGAAUGGCAAAGAAAACAUGUCGCCGGCUGAGUCAAAGGGAUCAAGAGUUGCUUUGCGAAUUCGUGCGGAAAUCUUCUACGUGUGCGGCAUGCCAAGGCCCGGAAUAUAUGCUCCAUGGUGGAGAGGGGUAGCGGGGUAGCGGAGUGCCCCGGGGCCAGGAUUUUCCGGGGUCACCACCCACUCCAUCGCCCAGCCCUUAUCGAAACUGAUCCCGCAGGGGGAGUGGGUUCAAGGUGAACUGGCCUGGCCUGGCGUGGAAACCAUCCUGCAUGCAGGUUACAUCGUCAGUCAGCAUAGAUAAUACAUUGAGAAAAAAAAUAGUUGAACAUCAAAUGAAAAUAUUACAAAAAUC